CAUCAGCAGGUUGGCUUUGAGGAUGUUCAAGGCAGUCUGGGCAAAGUUCUGGAAGCCUCCAAGCCUCUGAUUGGACAGACGGAGCCACUCGUCGCUGCCAUCAUCCAAUCAGAGGCCAGGUUGUUGUCACGUGACCUGGUGCUGCUGGGCCAGGCGUUGUCAGGGAAACGUGCACGGCUUCAGGUGAGAGGGGAAAGCCAUGUAGAAAAUGUAAAUAAAUAAAAUACAAUGAACAGAUUUGAUCGUAAAUAUUGUGGAAAAACGUUAACACCAACAUUGAUGGAUUUAUACAACAAAAUGAAUGCAUGGACAUUUUAUGAAAGUAUGCUCCAAAAAUAUAUUGUAUGCUAAACAAAAUUGGGAAAUUAAAUUAUUUUAUACUUAUACAAUUGCUCAGAGAAAAAUAUUUAGUUUAAACAAGUAAUAAUAAUAAUUUUUAAAAAGAUAGGCGUCAAAAUGAUUGGCACCCCUGUUUUAAUACUUUGUGCACCCUCCCCUUGUGAGGAUAACAGCACUUAGCAUUUUUCUAUAAUGCUUUAUGAGAUUGGAGAACAUAUUGGGAGGGAUCUUUUACCAUUCCUCCAAAUAGAAUCAUUGCAGAUCCUUGAUAUCCUUCAGUCUGUGCUUAUUGGCUGCUCUCUUCAAUACAAACCAAAGGCUUCCAAUGGGGUUCAAGUACGGAGACUGCAAAAUGUUGAUUUUGUGGUCAAUUAACAAUUUCUUUGUAGAUUUUAAUGUGUGCUUGGGGUCAUUGUCUUGUUGGAAGAUUAACUUGCACCACAUUUCAGACUCCUGGCAGAGGCAACCAGGCUUUUGGCUAAAAUGUCCUGGUACUUGGUAGAGUUCAUGAUGUUGUUGACCUUAACAAGGGCCCCAGGACCAGUGGAAGCAAAACAGACCCAUAACAUCAAAGAUCCACCACCAUAUUUUACAGUAGAAAUUAUGUUAUUUUCUGCAUUUGCAUCCUUCUUUCGAGGCCAAACCCACCACUGGUGUACAUGGCAAAGAGCUCUAUUUUCGUCUCAUCUGACCAUAGCAGCCGAUUCCAAUUCAAGUACCAAUGCCGUUUAGCAAACUCCAGGCAUUUAUAUUUUAUAUGGCAGCCCUUCCAAAUAGCCUGUUGGCAUGAAGGUGGCUUCUAAUAGUAGAUUUGGAGGCUUGGUGACCUCAAGAUGCUGUAAUUCUCCAACUAUGGCCCUUGGACUUCUUUGCCUCCCGAAAUAUCUUCCUCGCUGUGUGUGGGGACAAGAUAUACAGUGUGCAUUUCGAAAAAUAUUCACACCCCUUGACUUUUUUGACAUUUUGUUCUGUUACAGCCUUAUUCUAAAAUUGAUUAAAUAGUUUUCCCCCCCCCUCAUCAAUCUACACACAAUAACCCAUAAUGACAAAGCAAAAAUAGGUUUUUAGAUUUUUUGCAAAUUUAUUAAAAAUAACAACUGAAAUAUCACAUUUACCUAAGUAUUCAGACCCUUUACGCAGUACUUUGUUGAAGCACUUUUGGCAGCGAUUACAGCCUCAAGUCUUUUUGGGUAUGAUGCUACAAGCUCGGCACACCUGUAUUUGUGGAGUUUCUCCCAUUCUUCUCUGCAGAUCCUCUCGAGCUCUGUCAGGUUGGAUGGGGAGCGUCGCUGCACAGCUAUUUUCAGGUCUCUCCAGAGAUGUUCGAUCGGGUUCAAGUCCGUGGCUGGGCCACUCAAGUCUGGCUGGGCCACUCAAGGACAUUCAGAGACUUGUCCCGAAGCCUUGGCUGUGUGCUUAGGGUCGUUGUCCUGUUGGACGGUGAACCUUCGCCCCAGUCUGAGGUCCUGAGCGCUCUGGUGCAGGUUUUCAUCAAGGAUCUCUCUGUACUUUGCUCCGUUCAUAUUUUCCUCGAUCCUGACUAGUCUCCCAGUCCCUGCCACUGAAAAACAUCCCCACAGCAUAAUGCUGCCACCACCAUGCUUCACUGUAGGGAUGGUGCCAGGUUUCCUCCAGAUGUGACGCUUGGCAUUCAGGCCAAAGAGUUCAAUCUUGGUUUCAUCAGAACGGAGAAUCUUGUUUCUCAUGGUCUGAGAGUCCUUUAGGUGCCUUUUGGCAAACUCCAAGCGGGCUGUUAUGUGCCUUUUACUGAGGAGUGGCUUCCGUCUGGCCACUGUACCAUAAAGGCCUGAUUGGUGGAGUGCUGCAGAGAUGGUUGUUCUUCUGGAAGGUUGUCCCAUCUCCACAGAGGAACUCUGGAGCUCUGUCAGAGUGACCAUCAUGUUCUUGGUCACCUCCCUGACCAAGGCCCUUCACCCCCGAUUGCUCAGUUUGGCCGGGCGGCCAGCUCUAGGAAGAGUCUUGGUGGUCCGCUGUGUUUUUGGGGACCUUCAAUGCUGCAGAAAUGUUUUGGUACCCUUCCCCAUAUCUGUGCCUCAACACAAUCCUGUCCCGGAACUCUACGGACAAUUCCUUCGACCUCAUGGCUUGGUUUUUGCUCUGACAUGCACGGUCAACUGUUUGACCUUAUAUAGACAGGUGUGUGCCUUUCCAAAUCAUGUCCAAUGAAUUGAAUUUACCACAGGUGGACUCCAAUCAAGUUGCAGAAACAUCUCAAGGAUGAUCAAUGGAAACAGGAUGCACCUGAGCUCAAUUUCGAGUCUCAUAGCAAGGGUCUGAAUACUUAUGUAAAUAAGGUAUUUCUGUUUUUUAUUUGUAAUAUAUGUGCAAAAAUUUCUAAAAGCCUGUUUUCGCUUUGUCAUAAUGGGGUAUUGUGUGUAGAUUAAAAACAUUUAAAUAAAAAAAUCAAUUUUAGAAUUGAUUUGAUUUAUUUUACCUUUAUUUAACUAGACAAGUCAGUUAAGAACAAAUUCUUAUUUACAAUGACGGCCUACACCGGCCAAACCCGGCCGACGCUGGGCCAAUUGUUCGCCGCCCUAUGGGACUCCCAAUCACGGUCGGUUGUGAUACAGCCUGGAAUCGAACCAGGUAGUCUGUAGUGACGCCUCAAGCACUGAGAUGCAGUGCCUUAGACCGCUGUGCCACUCGGGAGAAUAAGGCUGUAACGUGACAAAAUGUGGAAAAUGUCAGGGGUCUGAAUACUUUCCGAAAGCACUGUACAUGCAUCCUCUACUAGGCAUGUUUACCAGUGGUUUUAAACGUCUUAAUUGUUGCUCUAAUUGUGGUAAGUGGUAUAUUUUGUUUUUCAGUUGUUUUUUUGUACCCAUUGCCUGAUUUAUGAAAGUCAACAAUCAUUUGUCUCUUUUCAUUUGUGAGUUCUUUGCCUUUCCCCAUGGUGAUGGAUGACGAAGGGAUUUUACAUGCGUGUUACCAAAUUUGUAUACCCCAGUGAAACAGGAAGCCAUGGAAGCCACAAUACAGUUCCUUAAAAUGAGAUUAACUUAAAAAAGUAGAAUGUUAAUGCAGAGUUUAUUUAUAAUAAUCUCUAGGUUAGGGUUAGCCCAAAAAAUUUAUUGCAUACAAUAUAGCUCAGUAUUUGUAUUGUUUCUUUUAUAGUGUUUUUUGCUCAUCAAGGGUGAGCAAUAAUUUUGGACUUCACUGUAUGUGUUUGUGUGUUUGCUUACAGGAGGAUUUGGAUCAACGCCACACAAUCAACAGUAGUAUGGAUUCACUGGAGCUGCAGAUCGAGGCUUUGCAUCACAUGCUCACUUCUGAUGUCUGCAGCAUGGACAGUGUGAAGGUAAGUCAGACAACACACACACACGGACACACACACACUCGUAUUUAGUUGACCUAUGUCCCUUCAUUGCUCCUUCAGACUGCUCUGAUGGAGCUGAGCCACCUGCGUCCUGCCCUGGAUGACCUCACUGAGGCAAGCCUCUCUGUGACCCUGGAUGGCCUGGAAGCAGAUAGACUGAAGUCCCUGACCAGGAAGUGUGGGCAGGCCCUAUCCUGCACCUCCCACAUGAAC